AUGGGGUUUAGGCGUGUGAGAGAUAUGAAUCUAGCCAUGUUGGGAAAACAAGGAUGGAAAUUUUUAAGUAACCCAGAAGCUCUAGUGACACGGGUGUUCAAGGCUCGUUACUUCCCAAAGUGCUCUUUCAUUGAUGCGGGGAAAGGAUCAAAUCCGUCCUUCGUAUGGUCUAGUAUUAGGGAAUCUCAAGGCUUGUUACGAAAGGGUACACGUUGGAGGAUAGGAGACGGUAAUACGGUGAAAGUAUGGGGUGAUCCUUGGCUCCCAAAUUCCCAAAACCCUUUUGUCAUGACCACUGAAAUGGCUUAUUUCAAUGCCCCUACUGUUAGCUCUCUGUUAUGUGUUGAUGAAAAGCGUUGGGAUACUGAACUGAUAAGGGACAUUUUUUAUCAACGUGAUGCCCAAUUAAUCUUGAAUUUGCCACUGUCUUAUGCUUAUACCCCAGAUAUGAUGUAUUGGGAAGGGGAGAGCAAUGGGAUAUACUCUGUAAGAAGUGCCUAUAAGCUAGAAUUUGGAAAUCUGGAACAGGACUGUCAGUGGCCAUGGACUGUUGUUUGGAACUUCGACAUACCACAAAAAAUUAAAUGUUUCUUUUGGACCAUGUGUAAGCUAAAGUUACCAACUAAAGAUGCGUUGCUUGUUAAACAGGUAGCUUGCAACCCUAUAUGCCCUCUGUGUGGAGAUAUGGCAGAGACAGCGGUUCAUCUCUUCGCGGAAUGUAGUUUUGCCCAUCUAUGCUGGCAAGAACUGGAAACUGGAUGGCCUAUGGAAUCGGCUAGAUCGAUUCCGCUAUGGAUUGAGAAGAUUUGGAAAGCUUUACCGACUAAUAUGGUUGAAAAGGUGGUGAUUAUUUGCUGGGCUAUAUGGGAGAAUCGCAACCAAAUGGUUUGGAAAGCACAAGGCAUGGAUCCUAGAACUAUGGUGCGUAUUGCUCUAGCUUAUGUGACUGACUGGAAAUCUGCCCAACAGGGUUAUUCUACUGCUAUGGUGAAUCCUACCCCCAUUCAAACGCCGAGUACCACUUGGUCCCCUCCCUUGUCAGAUUACUGUAAAUUGAAUAUUGAUGUUGCAAUGGACUUUGGACGGAGCAGGAUGGGGUUUGGUUGGAUUUUACGUGACUCGGAGGGCAUUGUAAAGGGGGCAGCAAUGUCUAUGAUGGUAGGCAUAUAUUCGGUCAAGGAGGCUGAAGCUAUUGGAGCUCGUGAAGCUUUGAGUUGGAUCAAAAAGAAAGGGUGGUCUCAUGUUAUUUUAGAGACCGACGCCGAAGUAGUGACGAAAGCCGUGCAUGAAAGACAGAAUCAUACCCCUUUUGGAGCUAUUAUGAAUGACAUUCGCACACUGCUGCUGCUUCUUCCAUAUGUUAGCUUUAUUUUUGCAAAGAGAGAUGCAAACCUUCCAGCCCACUUUCUUGCAAAGUUUGCUUUAUGUAAUUCUGUAGAGGGGGUGAUUGAAUUCUUAGACUCUAUUCCUUUUUGUAUUUCCCCCCAUGUCUCUGCUGACUUUUCUGGUUUAAUCAAUUAA